AAACUCGUUGGGUUUGCGAAUAAAGGAGGGCUGGCAGCGGCAGGGCAGCUAGCCUGCUAAGUGAGUUUAUAAGCCAGAGCAGCAUCCAAAACGAAGGAGAAUUCCGUAGUAGAGAUUGAGGACGAACCAAACGCAAGUGCUUCCUUACUCCUAAAGAAGCAUAAAUGGGGAAAAUGAACAUAGCAUCUAAUGCGAUUGUUCCUGAGAAGCUUACAGAGGACAAUUAUGAGUACUGGAAAGCAUGCUUGAAAUGCUAUUUGGUUGGGAAAGGCCUUUGGCAUGUUGUCUCUGGAAAGGAAGCCAAACCAGAUAAAACUGAUGACAAGUAUGAGAUUUGGAAAAAGAAGAACGCCUUAGCUUUACAUGCCAUUCAAACCUCUUGUGGACCAAAUGUUUUUGAUCGCAUAAAGAAAACCACUUCCGCCAUUGAAGCAUGGAAUGAGCUGGCUGAGAAGCUUGAACGACCAUCACCUUUACCCCCACCAGACGAUGAAGAAGGCCCAGUAGAAGACACGGAAACCAAGGAAUUUCUCCAGUAUGAAGCUCUGUGGAAAGCAGUGGAAAGCGGCGACUGGAAGGAAGCAAAAAGCUUCCUCAGUCAACAUCCAGAGGCUCUGAGCGCAAGGAUUUCGUCGAAAGCCGACACAGCCCUGCACGCUGCCAUUCUGGCAGGUCAGACAAAGAUCGCAGAGGAGCUGGUGGAAAUGAUGCAACCACAAGAUUUGGAACCGACUAAUGAGUUCGGUGCGACAGUCCUUUCCCUCGCAACCAUCGGCGGAAACAUAAAGCUGGCAAAGGCCAUUUUAGAGAAGAAUCCCAAGCUGAUUACCUUAGGGAAUUAUGUGAAAGAUGACGGCUUAAUCCCAGUUGUUGUUGCUGCUUUGUAUGGUAAAAAGGAGAUGGCCCGUUAUCUUUACAAGGUAACUCCCAUUUUGGAACUGAGUCCUGAAAGAGGUGUGAAUGGUGCCCAGCUUCUUAACUGUCUAAUCACUGCUGAAAUCUACGAUAUUGCUUCAAAGCUACUACGUGAGUACCCUCAGCUGGGUGUUACAGAAGAUAAUUACGGAAACUACACUGUCGGAAUUUUGGCUCAGAAACCCUCAGCAUUUCCGAGCGGAAACAAGCUUGUUUUCUGGAAGCGCUGGAUUUAUUCAUCAUGUGCACACUUAGCAUCUUUGGAUGCCUCCAAAGAUAGUGAAAUUUCUUUUCAAAUACAAAAGGAUGAAGAAAGUGGUGAAACAAUUCCUCAAAAGCGACAAAGCAGAGCAGUAAAUAUAACCAAUCAAGUGCUUGGGUUUUCUCGUGGACUUGUUUGGAGCCUUGUAAAAUGCUUGGUCCCAGACAUCAUGCAUAUAUAUGAUAGAAAGCUGAUAAAUGAUGAGGCUCUCAAGAUCCUAGCUUGCAUCUUCAAAGAAUUGCCAAAACUAAGCGAGUCAAAACUGCAAAAGAUUGAUAUAGAUCAGGCAAUAUAUGAUGCCAUCAAGCAUGGAAUAGUUGAGUUCAUUGUUGAAAUAAUCAAAUAUAACCCCGAUAUAAUAUGGAGGAAAGACAAAAAAGGAAGAUCAAUUUUUGCAAACGCCAUUGUUGAGCGCCAAGAAAAUAUUUUUUGCCUCAUUUAUGGUUUGGGUACCAAAAAGAGCAUAAUUGCACGUCGACAUGACAAAUUUGCCAACAAUUUCUUACAUCUAGCCGCAAAGUUGUCUCCUUCUUCUCAACUUGAUCGUGUCUCUGGUGCAGCUAUGCAAAUGCAGAGAGAGCUACAAUGGUUUAAGGAGGUGGAGAGAUUGGUACUACCAAAAUACAAAGAAGAAGGAAAUGACCAUAACAAAACACCCGGUGCUUUAUUUAGCGAUGAACACAGUGCAUUGAUGAAAGAAGGGGAGAGAUGGAUGAAAAACACUGCAGCAUCAAGCAUGGUGGUGGCCACUCUCAUUGCAGCUGUUAUGUUUACAACAACAUUCACACUUCCAGGUGGUACCAACAAUGAUGGCAUCCCUAUAUUCUUAGGGUAUGACGCGUUCAUGGUCUUUAUAGUGUCAAAUGCACUGUCAUUGUUCUCGUCUUCUACUUCAGUUCUGAUGUUCCUCGGAAUCCUUACUUCACGGUAUGCCGAAGAAGAUUUCCUCAAGCGCUUGCCCACGAAAUUGGUAAUUGGCCUUUCCUCGCUUUUCUUCUCAAUAGUGUCCAUGAUGGUGGCCUUCGGCUGUGCACUUUUUAUCAUCCUCCAUGAACGGUUGACUUGGGUUUCCAUUCCAAUUAUUGUUCUUGCUGUUAUACCAAUUACCCUUUUCGCAAUGCUAGAAUUUCCCCUCCUUAUUGAUAUGUUCGCUAACACAUAUGGACGUGGCAUCUUCAAGAAACAAACCAAAGGUCCAUAUUAACUGUGUACUCAUACCUAUACUGUGUUCAAAUCUUUAUGAUUAUUGUAAUGAUAAAAUUUACCAUGAAUUCACUUUGAAAAUAGAUUAAAUUAAGAACCAUUGGAAUUUGGUGUA